CCUCUAACCCUCUCUCGACCCGCUCCUCCCACCUACUCUUUACUCGAUCGCCGCCAUGACCACCGACCAAACCACCUACGACGUCCUCAUCAUCGGCGCGGGCAUCUCAGGCAUCAACACCGCAUACCGCCUCCAACAGAGCCUCCCAGACGCAACCUACGCAAUCGUCGACGGCCGCAACAACUGGGGCGGCACCUGGGACCUAUUCAAGUUCCCCGGCAUCCGCUCCGACUCGGAUCUCUUCACAUUCGGCUUCUCCUGGGAGCCGUGGACCGCGCGGAGUCCCAUUGCCACCGGCGAAUCUAUCCAAACAUACCUUCGACAUUGCAUAUCCAAGCACGGCAUUGACAAGCAUGCCAUAUUCCAGCACCACGUCAUCGCCGCGGACUGGUCGUCGGAAACACAGCUGUGGAGGCUCGAGACGGAACACAAUGGGCAGAAAAAGUACCUCUAUGCCAGACAUGUGGUGCUAGGAACAGGCUACUACGACUACGAAGACCCCCUAGCCGCGAAGAUACCCGGUCUGGAGAAUUUCAAGGGAGAUGUGCUACACCCGCAGUUCUGGCCAGAGGGCUUCGACUACUCGGGGAAGAAAGUCGUCAUUAUCGGAAGCGGCGCCACAGCUAUAACCAUCGUGCCAGCCAUGGCGGAGAAAGCGUCAAAGGUCACCAUGCUGCAGCGCAGCCCGUCUUAUGUGCUCCCCGUACCAAUUCCCAAGGAAGCCAGCUUCGUCGAAAAAUGGGCCCCGACUUCAAUUGCCCGGAUGAUCGUGCGAUUCCAGCACAUCUUCGGCCUCUACCUCGUCUUCUUCAUCCCGCGGUGGUUCCCAAACUGGUCGCGGAAAUUCAUCAACGACGUCAACAAAUCCGAGCUCAAGGGCAGCAGCGUAUCCGUCGACCCACACUUCAUACCCAAAUACAAACCCUGGGACCAGCGCGUGUGCUACAGCCCGGACGGAGACUUCUGGGCCGCCUUCCGCAGCGGCAAGGCGGACGUAGCCACCGGUGUCAUCAAAACCAUCACUGGUUCCAGUAUCCUCCUCGAAUCCGGCCAGGAGCUCGAUGCUGAUAUCAUCGUCACGGCCACCGGUCUGCGGAUGCGAAUAGGCGGCGGCAUCAAGAUCUCCGUCGACGGCGCACCGAUCAUCAACCGCGAGAAAUUCCUGUGGAGGUACAUGAUGGUGCAAGACGUGCCGAACAUGUACGCGAUCGUCGGGUACACCGCGUUCUCGUGGACGCUGGGCGCGGACGCUACGGGCAUCUUGAUGAUGCGGUUGCUGAAGUACCUCAAGAAGAACGGGUACUCGAGCGCCACGCCGAGAUGCUCGAACCCGAACCAGAAGCAGUCGCCGAUCAUGAGCACGCUGAACUCGACGUACGUGACUGCAGCCGCGUCGAGUGGGGUGCUGUUCAAGACUGGCACCGAGGGGCCGUGGCAUAAUCGGGUGCAUUACCUCCAGGAUCUGUGGCGGGCGUAUUUCUCGAGUAUCACGGCUGAUAUGGAGUUCACAAAGGUGUCAACUUGAGGGUUGUCAUAUUAGAGGCGCGAGUAUAGUCCCGUUGCGGGCAAGCGAGGCUUGAUGAUACAUAAAUACAACUUAAUGACAUACCCACCAUUUCCGGGGUCGGAGUUUCCAAUCGAACUCCACAUCCACAUUACCUUCCAUCGCGUACCCGCAAACAUCAUACUCAUAUUCAACAACACACUA